CUCUUUUCGGGCUGUGCUGGGACUUCUCCCCAAACCCCCGCCUCACCUGGGCUCUGCGCUGUCCAAGGGGUGCCUUGGAACUGGAGACCCCAGGUGUCCCCAGCCCUCACCCUUUUACGUGCCGGCACAUGGAAGAGGCGUCCCCAUAGUGGGUUCUUACCGGUCCCUGUGCCUCCGCUCCCCCACUUCCCAUCCACCCUAGAGCGACUAUUCCCCCUCAGGCCGCCCCUCCCUCAGUUGCAUCCCUGAGCCAAGGGGCGUGGCCACGGGCAAGCUGCCUAUAAAGUUGGUUGUGCCUUCACCCUCACCCUGAAGGUGACAGACAGUUGCUUGGAGCCUUCCUUGAUCUUCUUUGGGGUCCUGGCUUCUGAGACAACUCUUCCCAGCUCAGUUCAGCACCUCCUCACAGCCACAGGCAUGGCUUGUCAGAGCCAAGAUGUGCUGACUUGGACAAGAGAUCUGAGCAAGAGUCCCGGGCACUGCCCAGAGGCCUUCCCUAUCCCGUUGACUGUCUUCUCUGGCGUCUGUUGGGGAGCAGUGUGAGAGACUGUCAGCUUCAGGGAGCUUGACCACCAGUCCUUGUGGCCACCUUGCCAUCUCUACGCUGAUCAUGCUUUCUGUAUUUGGACUCUCCAUCCCCAUCUCGGCCACAGAACUUCUCCUGGCCUCCACCACCUUCUGCCUAGUAUUCUGGAUGUUCAGAGCCUGGAGGCCUGGGGUCCCCAAAGGCUUGAAGAGUCCUCCAGGGCCCUGGGGCUGGCCCCUGCUUGGACACAUGCUGACCUUGGGGAAGAACCCACACCUGGCGCUGUCACGACUGAGCCAGCGUUAUGGGGACGUGCUAGAGAUCCGCAUUGGCUGCACACCUGUGCUGGUGCUCAGUGGCCUGGACACCAUCCGGCAGGCUCUGGUGCGGCAGGGCGACGAUUUCAAGGGCCGGCCUGACCUCUACAGCUUCACCUUCAUCUCUGGUGGACAGAGCAUGACCUUUAACCCAGACUCUGGACCGGUGUGGGCUGCCCGCCGGCGUCUGGCCCAAAAUGCCCUGAAGAGUUUCUCUAUUGCUUCAGACCCGACUUCCUCAUCUUCUUGCUACUUGGAGGAGCAUGUGAGCAAGGAGGCUGAGGUCCUCAUCAGCAAGUUCCAGGAGCUAAUGGCAAGGGUUGGACACUUUGACCCCUACAGGUAUGUAGUGGUGUCAGUGGCCAACGUCAUAUGUGCCAUGUGCUUUGGUCAGCGUUAUGACCAUGAUGAUCAAGAGCUACUUAGUAUAGUCAACCUGAGUAAUGAGUUCGGGGAGGUGGCUGCUUCCGGAAACCCAGCUGACUUCCUCCCUAUCCUCCGUUACCUGCCCAACUCUGCCCUGAGUAUCUUCAAGGACGUGAAUAAGAAGUUCUACAUCUUCAUGCAAAAGAUGGUUAAGGAACACUAUAAAACGUUUGAGAAGGGCCACAUCCGAGACAUCACAGACAGCCUGAUCAAACAUUGUCAGGACAAGAAGCUGGAUAAGAACGCCAAUAUCCAGCUGUCAGAUGAGAAGAUCGUUAGUGUCGUCUUGGACCUCUUUGGAGCUGGGUUUGACACAGUCACAACUGCCAUCUCUUGGAGCCUCAUGUACCUGGUGACAAGCCCCGGUGUGCAGAGAAAGAUCCAGGAGGAGCUCGACACAGUGGUUGGCAGGGCACGGCAGCCACAGCUCUCUGACAGGCCCCAGCUGCCCUAUCUGGAAGCCUUCAUCCUGGAGACCUUCCGACACUCCUCCUUUGUCCCCUUCACCAUCCCCCACAGUACUACCAGAGACACAAAUUUGAGUGGCUUUUACAUCCCCAAGGGGCGUUGUGUCUUUGUGAACCAGUGGCAAAUCAACCAUGACCAGAAACUGUGGGAUGACCCAUCUGAGUUCCGACCAGAACGUUUUCUCACCCCCAAUGGCACUAUCAACAAGGCACUGAGUGAGCAGGUGAUUCUCUUUGGCCUUGGCAAGCGGAAGUGCAUUGGUGAAAACAUUGCCCGCUUCGAGGUCUUUCUCUUCCUGGCCAUCAUGCUGCAGCAGGUAGAAUUCAGCAUACCACCAGGCGUGAAGGUGGACAUGACCCCCAUCUAUGGGCUGACCAUGAAGCAUGCCCACUGUGAGCACUUCCAGGUGCAGGUUCGCUCUUAGGUGGCUGAGAGCCCUGCAGAGCCUUGUACCUGUAAAAGCUACUCAGGCUUGUGUCUCUGGUGGUACUAACUUAAUGUGAUAGAAAAAUUCAUAUCCACAUAUCUAGAAAUGUGUAGGAAACAUCUUCCUGAGCUAAAUAAAGAUAUUAUGCAGAAGUGGA